AUGCGCAGGCGAGAGGGGCCGGGAAGCAGCUCCGAGGGAGCCCCCGCCCGCCUCGCCCUUCUCCCUCCGACUCACAGAGUCACGGUGGCCGGGUUGGAAGGCACCUCUGAAGACACCGAGUCCAAGCUCCCUGCUAGAGCAGGAUCACCUACAGGAGGCGGCAGUGGGGGCUGCGGUACGAGGGGCGGAGGGGCUGUGCGCGGGGGUGGGCGCCGCUGGGGCUGUGGGGGGCCCGGGCCUCGCUCGUUUGGCUCCCAGGCGCCCGAGGCUCCCCGCGCUUCCCCAGCGCGGCGGCGGGAAGGGAGAAGCGGGCGGUGCCGCCCCCCGCCCCGCGGGCGGCCCCGGGCGGACAACGCCCCCGGCCCUGAAGCCGCGGCCGGGCCCGCCGCCCGUGGCAUUUCCUCUGAGCUCAUUCGGAGGCUGACGCGGCGCCGCUUCCCUCGGAAGAGGAAGCCUGGCAGCGGAGCGGCGGCAGCAGGCAGGGGGGAGCGCGGCAGCCGCCGUGCCGGCAGCGGCGGGGCGAGGCGGGGGACGGCGGCGCGGCCCGCGCUGGGGGCGGCCGGGGCGGACGCGGGGGGUGGCGGCGGCGGGGGCUCCUCGCCCGCGGGGCCGGGCGGUGGCCACCCCCGUGGCCCGAGCCCUCGCCGCGCCCUGCCUGUCUACACCCUCAACGUGCGGGUGUUGUGGCCGCUGGUGACCGGCCUCUGCACCGCGCUCCUCUGCUUCUACCAGGCCCUGGGGGGUGGCGCGGCCGGGGAGGGCGCGGCGGAGGUGGGCUCCGUCCCGCUGCUCAAGGGCUCGGCGCUCUUGUUGCUGGGCUGCCUCUUGGCCCGCUGCUGCGGGGCGGCGGGCGGCGGCCCCAAGCCCGGCGGGGUCCGGGCGGCGGGGCCCGAAGGGUCGCGGCGCAGCGUCUUGGAGGGCUUCCACGCGCGGCAGCUGCGGCUCUCGCCCCACGUGCUGGGCCACAGCAAGGCGCACGUCGGGCGCGUCGUGGCCGAGUUGGUGCGCGCCGCCAAAGCGCAGGGGCUGCAGCCCGGCCCGCUGACCCUCAGCCUGCGCGGGGACUUCGUGCGCAUCGGCAGCGCCUACGAGCAGCACAAGGUGCGCAGCCCCGAUUGCUUCGACAUCCUGGUGCCCCUGCGGCUGCCGCCACACCUGGAAGCCCAGCCGCGCUGUGCCGACGGGCUGGGCCCCCGCGGCACCUUCGUCUGCGGGCUGCGGGCGCGGAACGGCUGGCCGCGCCGCCAGCGGCCUUUCGCCGACGGCUUCUGCGUGGAGCUGCAGGGCCGCAGCCACCUCUCCUCGGGGCUGGUGCUGCGCUGGUUCCAGGGCCACCUGCAGCGCUGCCUGGGUGCCGUGCGGUACCGGCUGCAGGAGAGAUGCCGCAUCAGCCUCUCGGCUUGCCCCGGCCGCCCGCCCGUGCUGCACAUCCUGCCCUGCUCCGACUAUGUCUGCUGCCACAUCUCCAUGGCCGUGCGUCUCAUCCCCGCCAUCCCGCUCGGCGACGCGCUCUACCUCGCAGCCCUGCCGCCUGAGGGCCCGCAGGGCUCCCCGGCCCCCGAGGCCCUCUGGGGCAUCAACACGUCGCGGCAGGAGCAGCGGCUGCUGAGCUGGCUGAAGGAGCAGGCCCCGGCCUCCUCCUGCCACCUCAAGUGCCUGCAGAUCCUCAAGGGCCUGCGGGAUCUCCGUGCGCAAGGCUUGGAGGAGCCCUUCUGCUCCCAGUGGGGUCGGGUCCUCUCCUCCUACAUGCUGAAGACGGCUCUCUUCUCCCUGCUGCUGCAGGGGCCCUUGGAGGCCUGGGACGAGCAGUUCCUGGUGGAGCGGCUGGAGGACCUGGUGCUGUACCUCCGGGAGUGCCUUCGCAAGCAGGUGCUGAUGCAUUUCUUCCUGGGGAACACCAGCCUCCCCGAUGCCGUGGCGCUGCCCCGCUUCCUCAAGGAAGCCACCCCUGUGAACUUGCUGGACGCCUUCGAUGGGCCCACGCUGGACCUGGCCGCCUUCCAGCUGAUCAACACCUGGUUCCAGGCCCCACUCCUCAUCAGGAUGUACAGCAGCCCCCGGUACUUGCGGCCACUGCCCGCGCCGUGCCACGCGUCCCCGAGGCCAGGCAGGAGCCGCCAGGAGAGUGAGCCAGUGUCACCCGUGGGCUGUGCCGAGCAGCGUGUGGUCCCAGCCCCGGCCCAUCGUGAGCUCGCAUCUGCCUGAGGAAGGUGGGAUCUGUUUAAAUGUGGUUCUGGGGUUUUGUGCCUGACCUGAGAAAACUAGGAAACCACAGGCCAAGACUUCAUGCCAUUGUGAUUCGUGUUUUUUAAUCUCGUUGGUUGUUCAUGGGACAACUGUGAAAUUUCUGGGGAAACGCCUUAAUCAAGAAAUGUUAGAAUCAGUUCACUUAGCAAACCUAACUUUAAUAGGCUCAAACUGGUAUUUCUCAAAUCCAUGUUAACUUGUAGUGACAAAAUUUACUUUUUUCUUAGAUUCACUUUCUAUGAUAGAAAAUCCAUUUUGGUUUUAAAAAUCCUGUUAAGUGCAAACAACCAACCCCCAAUGUACCAAAAAGCUCUUAAAAUGUCCUGAGCACUAGAGCAUGGGUGCUGUUGACAGUUUGAAAUGCUCAAUGACAAGCUCUAAAUUUCCUGUGUAAUCUAAUAUAUUGUGAUUAAUAGAAAUAUAAUGUGCAUGUUAAUGUAAAAUUGAGGGAAGAAGUGAAACCUCCAAUAACAGUAUGAAGAAUCUAGUUGCAUGUUUCUGUGCUCAAGAGAAGGUUAUACUGAAGCAUUGAAAUACAGAUAAAAGGAAACAAAUAGCACUUUAUUUUCACAAAGGCCUUCUUUUUUAGGAUAAUUGGCUGCACUAAAUAUUGCUACAGAAGAGGCAUUAGUGUUUUGUUACAGGGAUGAUGUUUGAAUCAUCCUGAGGAAAACCUUUGUUUAAGGAAAUACUUUGAGGUUUGUGUGUUUGUAGUUCUUGUUGAGAUUUUUUUUUUUUUCUGGCUUAGAGUAUUAUUUUUAUUUUACCUCAAGGACCAAAGCCAAAAUAAAUAAAUUUUAGUUUGGGUUUUUUUGGAACAAACCUUAAACCAGUCCAAAUCUCAGUGCUGUAAGCUGACUGCUGCAACCCCCUGCUCUCAGGUAGGAGAGUUGGGUGGGAUUUUUGGAUGACUCCCUAACCUGUUGUCUGAUCGUGGCAGUGUUUGACCAAAUAACCUGUUGGGAUUUUCUAGUGCUAUAGCAAAUAAUUAUGUUAUUAUGGGGAGGAGGAAGUGAAAUAUUUCAGGAUUUUGCAGAAUUAUCUAGCAUUGGUUCAUGGUACAGUGGCAAUUGUAGGCUGUGGAUUCUGGUGUCCUCUAAUUGUAAACAUCAGCCAGGUGACUUCCACUUCUGGCCUGGUUGUGUCCCAGGAAUAACCUGUUGAGUCGUAACACAGCCAGCUUUCCAAGUGUCCUCGCCUCCCAGUGGAGGUACAUGGUGUAUGGGAACUUGAUGAAUCCUACAGUGUCAGCAAAUUCAGAAUUUCAAAUCCUUGCUGUAUCAGUUCACCUGCUUAAAUGUGCCAUGUGUUAAGAACCAAAAUGCGUUCCUGAUUUGCUGGUGCUCAGGAAGCUGAGUCUGUACCUUAUUACCUACUAUACUGUGUCCUCUGUGAACAGUCUGAAAUUAAUUAUAAACGACCAACUGUAACUUCUGGGAAGCUUUAGGGUAACUUGAAGUUACAUUGCUCCUCUCCCUGAUGUACCUAGAGACACCAGUGUGCUUUAUUUACAGUUCUAUGCAUCAAAGCACAAACCAAACAUUUUCAAAAUCUAUGAAGCUUUAUAAAAGUCUAUUUUUCUAAGUGGAAACACUCCCUAGGCAGAUGUUUGCCUACUUCUGUCUAUUUUUUAACUGCUCCUGCAGUCUUAUUUUCAGGUAAUUACAGCCUAGGUCACACCCACAAGUUGGGUUAUUUUUAUACAUGAAGCACUGUGCUUCUUUCUACAAAUACAAAUGGUGUAUGUAUAGGUAGUAUUGAUAAAUGUUCUUUGCACAUGGUAUUUAAGGCUAAGUGAGCUACUUUGGUGUUUUGAUUUUUUUUUUUUUUUGGUAUUACUAUUUUUGCCGACCUCUGUUACUUGGUAUUUGAAAUAAAAGUGCCUUUGAAUCUUUUGCCCAGAGAACUAGAAGAGGUCCAGGGUAUUGUGGCUGCCAGAACUCAUGACCUAAAACCCCUUUUAGGUGUUAAUUCUGGCAUCACAACCACUUCAGUCAGCUGUCGGUUUGUUUACAUCACUGUACAUCCCUGUCUCAGAAAAAAGAUGCACAUUUGGUGUAUAUUUAGUCUUGCUGUAACACAUGGAAGUCUGUAAUAGGCUUGGUAGGGACUUUCUCUCUAAAAUGUAAUGCCAGGAAAAGACAGCUACGUCAGGAAAGGCAUGACAAGGAGAGAUAGUGGAGAAUGUAAAUAGUUUAGAAAAUAAAAGUUGGGCUAAAGAGGGAGUGAGAAUGCUGGUAAACUCUCAGUGAAGACACUGCAAACAAGCCAGAGGCCAUAGGGAGAAAGUUGGAGGAGAGCUAUUGAAAGCAAGGCAGAUUUGGAGUGCAGAGAAAAGAAAUUCAAGUGGGUUUUGUUUUGACAGUUCUUCCAAGUAUUUUCCAAAAUGACUGAAUCUGUCAGGGCUGUUCAGUGAGGCAAACCCUCAGUUUAUUAGCCAUGUAGGCAGGUCUUCAGUGCAAGUUUUUGCUCAGCAAGGCAUAUUUGAGUUUGUGAUGGCUGGUGACAGGAGAAAAAGUAAGGGUUUGCUGUAACCUUAGGCUUGGGCAAGCUUUCUGGAGGAGAAGGGACUUCCUGCCAGGAAGGCACUGUGCGUUCUGUUGGUCGGGAGUUCUGAGAAAAUCUCUUAGACUAACCUGUGGCUCUGUUGUACAGCUGAGACAGUAAGUGUAUUCUCUUUAUCUGCUGUAAAGCAUGCAUUCAUGAAUAUGAUUGACAUAAGGAGCUGAUAAAAGUUGGAUUCUGUUAUGGUAUUAAUCUCGUUCCACAGCAAAUGUGACAGCACUGGUACCUGCAAUGUCCUGGAGCUAUUAUAGGGCUUUAUCUGCAAGAGUUACAUACAGAGAACUUGACCUACAUGAAUAAUCCUGUGGGUCUUUUACCUUCUUCCACCCUACAGAUACUGUACACAGAACAAGGUUAUGAGUAUGUAUUUGUUAAGGUUGUAACUGUAAUAAUGUGUCCUGAAUUCUGCAUGGUUGCCUCUGUGUGUGUAAAUUGGAACACAAGCACAGAAGAGCAAGCCUGUUAUUUAGCACUAAUGUGGGUUCUUAGUCUUCUUUUUCUGCAGCCUAAUUUUGAAAAGACUCUGUGCAAAUUAAGUUGUUUUAUUAGACAGUGUUUGUGAGGAGGAGUCACACCUGUUUAUUUACAGUACCAAAUUGCAUAUAUGUGACUUGAUUUUAUAUUGAAAAAUGCUGGCUGUUUCUCAAAGACAUAGUUAUUUCUUAUCUGACUGAAUAUCUCGAAAACAUUCCUCUUUUGAUUUUGAAUCUGUGCAGUAAUGUAAAUUUUAAGUGUCUGUUUGCAAUGGACAUUCUUGGUACAACUAUUUUUUGCUGGUUAAUAAUAAGACCAAAGAUUAAACAAAAAUGUUCAGCUGCUAUUGUUCAUUUUUUUUAAAAAAGUGUUUAUAGGCUCAAAGUAUCAGCCCAUUUUACUGAAACAUUCAGAAAUUCAUUUCCUAUUUAAUACCAAAAUACAUUUGCACUUUUAUUGUUUCCAUAAAAAGUUGGUGGAUUUGUUUUAAUAUUUCACUGUAGUAAUAAACGGCUGUUUUAAAGUG